AUGGCUGAAAAUAGUUUGAUUGAAAACGAUGAAGAAAACAUUUUAUAUGAUUUACUGGUUACUACGGAAUGGCCACCAGAAACGGACACCCAGCAACGAGGGAACAGGGAAUACAGCAGCUCGAUCAUUGCAAAAGCAGUGACCGGUCCAUUCCGUUUGAUUCUACAUUACUUGUUAUACAGCCCGACAAGCUCCUUUCUCCCUCCUGGACUUGUUCGGUUGUCCAAUAAGCAGAUUAAUUGGCUGCUGGUUUUAUCAAGUAAUGGCAAGCUGUUGGCUGUGGUGCAGGACCAGUGUGUGGAGAUAAGGUCUGUGAGGGACGACUUUGGCUCAGUCAUUGGCAAGUGCCAGGUGCCCAAGGACCCGAGCCCCCAGUGGCGCCGCGUGGCCUGGAGCUAUGACUGUACCCUGCUGGCCUACGCCGACAGCACGGGAACAGUGCGACUCUUCGACCUUAUGGGCAGCGAGCUGUUCGUCAUUCCUCCGGAAGCGAGUUUUCCCGGCGAUUUGAGCUGUGCUGUGGCAGACCUGAUUUUCCCGGAGUACACCGGAAGUGCACAGUGGUCUGCUGAACUGCUGGUGAUUACAUACGGAGGGGGACUAAAGAGCUACUUAGUCAGCAUUGGAACAAAUCAGAACUUUCAAGAGAACCACAGCUUCAGUUUCUCUGGCCAUUACUCCCACGGGAUCACCUCAGCCAUCUAUCAUCCGGCACAUCGGUUGCUGCUGGUCGGGGGCUGUGAGGCCGGAGAUGAGAGCUCAUCCAAAGCCUCGUGUUAUGGCAUCACGGCCUGGAGGGCCCUGUCUGGAUCCCCACACUACAAACAAGUCACCAGCUAUGAGGAUGAUGUCACCACUAAUCCAAAGCGAGGAUAUUUCCGGAUGCCAAGCUUCAGACUGUUUGCAAGACAAGGGGAUGAAAUGGACGGUGUUUUCCGCAUGAGCCUGAGCCCCGAUGGUACCCUGCUGGCGGUCAUCCACUUCUCCGGUCGCCUCUCUCUCUGGGACGUCCCCUCGCUCCGACAGAGGGCCACAUGGAGCCAGGACCAACAGCCAGGAUUUGAGGAGAUCAACCCAGAGUGGAAGACGUCACUGGAGAGAAGGAAGAAAAUAAAAGAUAAGGAGCAGUACUACCCACUGGAGGAUGUGAGCUGGUGGAGUGAUACUAUCAUGAUUUUGGCCCGUUGCUCUGGUUCGGUCACGGUCUCUUCGGUCAGGACUCUUCGAAAUCUUCUGGGAAAAUCAUGCGAGUGGUUCGAACCAUCACCAAGACUUACUAUGGCGUAUAAUGGGGGCUUUCUCAGUCUUGAGUGUGAAGUGAAGCUGGCACAGAAGCGUGGGCGCCUGGAGAGCAGCAAGAGUGCUGUGUCCAGUGAAGACGAGGACGCUGAUGAUGGAGGAGACUCUGACUCAGACGACGAAAGCUCGGCCAAGGCGCGGUACUUUGGCUAUAUUAAACAGGGCCUGUAUUAUGUGACAGAGAUGGAGCGCUUCGCACCGCCACGCAAACGCCCACGCACUGUAAUCAAGAACUACCGGCUGGUUAGCCUGAGGUCAACCACGCCAGAAGAACUGUACCAGCGCAAGAUAGACAAUGAAGAAUAUGGGGAGGCCUUAUCUCUCGCCCAUGCGUACAAUCUGGACUCUGACCUUGUCUAUCAGAGACAAUGGAGAAAGAGUACUGUGAGCAUCGCCUCCAUUCAAGAUUAUCUGAGCAAAAUCCGAAAGCGUUCCUGGGUGCUGCACGAGUGUGUGGAGAGAGUCCCGGAAAACGUGGACGCAGCCAAAGAGCUACUCAUGUACGGCCUCAAAGGAACCGACCUGGAGGCACUGGUGGCCAUUGGGAACAUGGUGGAUGAAGGCAGAUUUAUCAUGCCAGGUGAUGUUGACCUCGAUGACAUCCUGUAUGACGACAUGUCUGAGGAUGAGGAGAUGCGCAUCAAAAAAGCGAAAGAAGACAAGAAAAAGCAAGAGCUGCUGGACAGAGUGGAUUUCAGCAGGCUGACCUUGGAGCAGAAGGAGCUGUGCAGAAGCCGUUUGAAGUUACUCUGCUACCUGGAUCGCCUCGCCACAUACGAGGAGAUUCUUGGCGGGCCCCAUGCAGCUGAGGAGAAAUAUGACGCAGAGUUCUUCAAGAAAUUCAGAAGUCAAAAUAUUGUAUUGUCAGCAAGGGACUAUGCUCGGGAGAGUAACGUGCAGGCUCUGGAUAUUCUCUUCACGUACCACGGAGCAGAGCUUCUUCAGCAUCGUUUGGCCAUUCUCUGUAACUUUCCCGAAACAACGUCUCCACAUGAGUACAUCAUCCUGUUGCCUGAAGCCACAAUGGAGGAGAGUGGGGAUUUGGCAUUGAUUCCCUGGGACGAGCGAAGACACAGAGAAAUGGACUGGUGUGAAGCCGACGAAUGCAGAGCCGUUUUGGACCAACACUUGUUUGACGAUGACGACUUCUUGUACGAGGAUUCCCAUGAGCUCCUGAGGUUUCACUCCGCUGCUCCGUCCAUCCAGCUGCUUACCGACUGGUACCAAACCCGCGCCAAAGACAUUGAAUUCAACUCCAGACAGGUGGAUUGUGCCCUGUCUUUUGUGCGCCUGGGAAAAGAGCGUGAGAUCCCGGGGUUGGAGAGCCUGUGUGAUGACCUGGUCACCAUGGAGACACUGGUGUACGAGACGUCCUGUGAAAAAGGUUUGACACUUAAAGACCUGCAGCAGCUCAGCGACAUCGACAAGCUCCGUCUGCUCAUGAAGAACUCGAAUCUGGAGCGUUAUAAGAAGGAUUGUUUCCAGUGGAUGGUACCGUUUCUUCACCGCUGCGAGGGCAAGACGGAGGGCGCCUCAAAGUCUCUUCUCCGGGAAUACGUGGUCAGCUUGUCCCAGCACGACCUCACACUGCCCCUUAUCGUCUUCCAGAACUCAAAGCCUGACUCCACACAGAAGAUUGUCGGAGAUCCAGACCAGCUGAUGCAGGUGGCGCUAGAGUCUAUCUACAGCUGCGAGAGGGAAGACCAGCUCAGCCUGUGCUAUGACAUCCUGGAGUGUCUGCCACAGCGCGGUUACGGACCACAGACGGAUAUCACUUCAUCCCUUCACGACCAGGUGGACCAACUGGAGAAACACCUCAGUGUGGUGGAGGUCCUAGAGAAACACAAUCUGCAGAAGCCCAUCUCAUUUGUACGCAACAGUCAGUCCAGCGAAGAGGAAGCUCACCAACUCAUGGUCAAGUUGUGUCGGCACACCGGGCGCAAGAAACCUCCGGUGAGUGAAACCGUGUGGAUGGGGCUGUUACAAGACCUGCUUGAUAUGCAACGAAAUGUCUACACCUGUCUGAAGCCGGAGACUUGUCACCAGGUCUUUGUGGAGUCCCUGCUGUGUUCCAGCCUGGUGGAGAACGUGCGCCUGGCGGGACAGCUCAUGCACUGCUCUAAGGUGAACCAGGAUGUUCCUGUGAGUUUGUCUUUCCGGGGAAAAGGCUAUGCCAAGAAAGUCCCGUAUAACAAUAGCGUGGAACUGGUUUUAGCUGCAGCGCGAGAAUACUUCAACUCGUCCACAACGCUGACGGACCCCUGCAUGCAUCUCGCCAGGGCCUGUCUCCAGCUGAUCACAGACUGCCCCGCGGACAUUCAGGAGGAGCUGGACCUCAUCACUGCCCUUGGCCAACUGCAGGACUUCAGUGUUAACAUCCUGCCCCUUCAAGUACGUCUGCGUUCUGAUCGUCUGUCUCUCAUAAAGGAGUGCAUCGGCCAGUGUUCCAAGGCGUACAGGCAGUCCGCCACGCUGCUCAAUCUGGCCAGUCUUCUCCGAGUGGCAGGGGAUGACGAGGCCACGAGGAAAGGACAGGUCCUGACUCUGUUGGCAGAGCAGGCUCUUCAGAGUCUGGACUUCAAGGCUUCCUACAUCCACUGCCGCGAUCUCAUGUCUGCAGGUUAUAGUGCGGCGUGGGACGUGUGCAGUCAGCUUGGGCAGUGUGAGGAUUAUGGAGACCUACAGGCCCGGCAAGAGCUGUUAGCUUUUUCACUCACACACUGUCCAGCGGAUAAUAUACACGGGCUGCUGGCUGCCUCUAGUGAUCUGCAAACACAGGUGCUGUAUCAAGCAGUUAACUAUCAAAUGGAGCCGGCGAGCAGUCAGCCUGGUGACGAGCUGGACUCUGCCAAAGUCAGUGCACCGACCUCAGAAUCUCCUUUGGAGAAGGCAGGUUUACUGCACAGAACUACAGCCAAAACAAUGGAGGUGCUUACCACAACAGGGCUGACCACAAAGGCGGUGCUGACCGCCGUCAGUGACCAUCGUUGGUGGAAGGAAUCCAUCAAUUAUCUGAGGCCGUUACAAGGUCAGGGUGCAGGAGCCACGCGUCGGGAAGGGGCGUGUGAGAACUCCAACCUGCAGCGGCAAGGCUGUAGUCCCUUUUAUCAAGAUCUCAUUGAUGAUGCCCAUGUUGAUCUGAGUCAAGAUGUCUAUUCAUCAUACAAAGAUGUGUUGGAGGAGGACUUUGCUGAAGUUUUGCUCCGAACGGGAAAACUGGCUGAGGCAAAGACUGAAGGGCAGACGUUGUUCCCUGCCACAGAAGUUCUGCUGCAGCUGGCCAACAAUGCAUUUCCCAGGGACAUGAUGCUGGCUCUGUCCUACUUACUGGCCUUGCCUCAGGUGCUGGAUGCCAACAAGUGUUUUGAAAAGCAGUGCCGCUCGGCCUUGUCACUCCAGCUGGCUGCAUACUAUUACUCACUGCAGAUUUACUCACGCCUUGCACCAUGUUUCAAGGACAAGAAUCACACUUUGUAUCAGGCCGACCCUAAGGAGAUGAUCCGAUUGGUCACACAGCACGUCUCCUCGUACGCCGGCUGGCCCGGGGAGCUGCAGAAGCUGAUUGAACAGCUGCAGAUGUACAACGAGCGCCUCAUGGACUUCACUCAGGCCCAGGUCCUACAAGGGCUUGGGCGAGGAGUGGACGUGUCCCGCUUCAGCUCCGAUGCAGACUACAAGAAAGAAACUAUCCUUGGACUGACAGAGACCCUGGAUGACGGCGUGUACAAAAUUGCGAUGUCCCUGGCGAAGCGUUACAGCGUUCCUCUGUGGGAGGUCUACAUGACUCACUUUGAGUUCCUAUUUACUGACAGCGGGCUUUCCACGAAGGACAUUGAAUCUCGCAGUGACUUCCUGGGCCUGUUUGAGACUCUGAAGAACGACCCCGAGGCGUUCCACAGCCACAUGAACAAAUACGUGCUGCCCAGUGUGGAGGCCAGCGAUAUGGGCCGCCUGCUGUACUACUACACCCUGCUGGAUGCCGCAGGCUGCCACCCCUAUGUCUCCACAACCAUCAAGCCAGACUCCCACGUCAAACUGCUCAAGAAGCUGCGAGCCGUAGCCAGCGCCACGAAAGAUGGACACAAGAGUGAAGGUCUGGACUAUCGGAAGCUGACUGAUGAAUCCCUGAACCCACUCCUCACUCUGGAACCAGUGCUCAGCAGUCAGAAUGUCCUGUCCAUCUCCAAACUGGCCACGCGUCUGCCCAUGCCCGGGGGACAGGGACAGACAGUCACCCCCAGCGCGGUCCACUCUGUCUGGCUAAAAAAGCUGUUCUGGAGAGGGGACCCCCAGCUACUGAAGAGGCCCCCCCAGACUAACCAGGACUUCCUCCAUGCCUACGACACAUGUGCCAAAUACCUCGACCGCCUUGUCCCAAGUGACGCAGUGAACUUUGUAGAUAACAUCACUUUCUCCCCUGAUUCUGUUGAACAUCUGAGCAUCUCUACGAGGUCAGAGAUCAUAAAGCGGGCGACUAAAGCGCUGCGGCAGCUGGCGGAGAAGAGUCGGAAGAGAGGAGUAGCGGAGCAGGAGGAGAAGGACCCAGCGGGGAUGAGUUUUGAUGAGGCUCUUUGUCACCUGCAGCAGUCGCAGUCCCACUUGGACACACUGAGCCAGCCCUGCAUCCUGCGUAUGAGGGAUAGCCAACAGGACCAGCUGCAGGGGUACAGCCGCCUUUACGAUCUGUCCCGAUCCGAGAGGCCUAAAGUUCAUGAGCUGGCGGUCACCAUGGCAACGGAUGGCCACCCUCUGGAGCAGAUUGGAGAAGUCCUUAGGGUGGCAGUGGGAACCUUGGACCUGUCAGUCGAAACAGUGCUGCAUGACGCUGUGGAGAGAGUGGUGUCUGCGCUCAGUGGAGAUUCGGACACCCUGACAAAAUAUCCACUGCCUCUGACGGUGCUGGAAUCCAUGGUGACCGCUGUUCACAGGAGCGUGCAGAGUGGGGCCAGCGGCGUGACUUCUGAUGACCUCCUGGCCUGGCUGCGUCCCUUCUGCGGAGACUCCUCUUUGCCCGUUCGCCCGCGGAUCGAUGUGCUUCAGAUCCUGGAGAACAACUUCAGCCUCAAAGACGCCGACGUCCGCCUUCUGCUGCUGUACAGGACCCAGGCUGUGCUCAAAGAAAGAGAGUUCCAGAUUGAAGAUGUGGAGAAUGAGGACAAAAGAUACUCCCUUUUCCUGGAGCUGCUUGGAUCAGCGAAAAAGUGGGAGGAUUUCCAGCUCAUCAUGCUUCUGCUGCAAGCCUGGCCCCCCAUGAUCAAAGACGACAUAGCGGAGACGGACCGUAACCCAUGGGUGGUGCUGACCUCCGCUCUGCUGACCCACUGUCACACCGUGGACCUGGGCCAGCAGGUCGUGGCCAUGGUCCGGUCUCUAUAUAACACCAAGCACAAGCUCCCAGCCCAGUGUCUCAGGAGCGUAGCCGCACUCUUGCUCCAGCAGCCCAGUCUGCAGCAGGCAGCCCUCAAACUGAUGGCGGAGAGCACGAAUGAGGAGCUGCUCAGACUGACCCUGGAUCAGGUCAACAGCAUGAGCGCGGACUGUGCCUCUGAGUGCGACCCGGAGCUGCUGUCACUGCUCCUGGACGCGGGGCUGCUGGUGGGCUGCGUCUCCUCUCCCCUCUACCCUCUGCUCAGCUCACACAUGUUGUCCCACCAGAGCGAGGGCGGCUGGGACGUGGAAGCCGCCUCCUCCGCCCUGCUGUCUGCGGGCCACGCUGCAGAGGCGGGCUCCCUGCUGCUGGCCCACAGGGGAACGCAUCAGUCACACUUCACCUUCAACACGGCGCUGGCAGUGCUCAAGAAGUGGCUCUGA